AAAACCCUAGAGACAACACAAGCUCACAAAUUAUAAAUUCCCUCUUAAACCCUCCUCUGUUCCGCCUCUUUCACUCUCAUUACUUCUCUCCCUCUCCAACACUCUAACUAAACCCUAACCCUCUCUCCGUCUCUAUCGCCUUCUCUAUUUUCAUUCAUGGAGUUUUGGGGUGUUGAAAUUAAGGCUGGGGAAACUCUUAAAGUGGAACCUAAUCCUGAAAGUCUCAUCCAUCUUUCUCAGGCGGCUUUAGGUGAGUCAAAGAAAGAGAAGGGAAAUGAAUCAGUGCCCCUUUAUGUGAAAGUUGACAACAAGAAGAUUAUAUUGGGGACUCUUUCUCAAGAAAACUUCCCACAGAUAGCUUUCGAUAUAGUUUUUGAAAAAGAGGUUGAGCUAUCUCAUAACUGGAAGAAUGGGAGUGUCUAUUUAAGUGGUUAUCAAACUCCUCUACCAGAGGAAGAUGAUAUGUUUUCUGAGGAGGAAUCAGAUGAUGAAGAGCCACUUCCACUGGUCAAUGCUGACAAUGGUGGAGUUCAGCUAGCGGGAACUCAAAAGGCUGCAGCUAAGUCUAAUAUUGCCAAACCCGAGUCUUCCACAAAACAAAAGGCUAAGCCUGUACAACCAAGCAAAGCUGAGGAAGCCUCUGACGAUGACGAUGAAUCUGAUGAUGAUGAUGAUGAUGAGGAUGAUGAUGAAGAUGAAUCUGAUGAUGAGGAUGAGUCUGAAGAGGGAAUGUCUGUUGAUGAAGAUUCAGAUGAUGAAGGUGAUUCUGAGAGUGAGGAUGAGGAGACACCAAAGAAGGCUGAUAAAGGCAAGAAGAGACAAAAUGACUCUGCUGUAAAGACACCAGUGUCCUCAAAGAAGGCAAAACUAAUCACACCUCAAAAGACAGCAGAUGGUAAGAAAGGUGGGCAUACUGCUACCCCCCAUCCUGCCAAGGGUGCAAAAGCUUCUGCCAAUGGCAACACUCCUAAACCUCAGACCCAGACUCCAAAAUCUGGCGGCAAGUUUUCUUGCAACUCUUGUGAAAGGUCAUUCGGCUCAGAUGCUGCUUUGCAGUCUCACUCAAAAGCUAAACAUAGCAGCAAGUGAAUGGGUUGAAUUUGAGAGGGAACUAUCAAGAUUUUGUUAGGUACGGCAUCGGGAAUGAGAGGCUUAUUAUAUUUUGUAAUUUCAGUUAUGGAUUGGAUGUAACAUUUUGGAGAUUUGCUUCUGUUCCGGAUAUUACAUAUUUUUUCUCAUAUUCUUAUAUUAGCUCUAAUUCAAUUUUCUGUUUCACCCAAA